GUCAUUACUGCAGACACUCCGCUGUUGUUAGAAUGGCCACAAGUCGGCGCGCUUGACUCUGCCCACUCGCCAGCCGCUUUGUACUUGUAGCUUUUUAUACCGACCGACACACAAAUCGCAGGAUUAGUCUUGUUGCAUUCCACAACCGGUAGCAGUGAGGAGCGUGAUGCUCAUACCGGACAAGGCUAUAGUCUCAGUGAAAGUCAUAGUAUCUUGCCAAUAAUCAUCAGAUGAAGUCGUUCGUGUGGUUCGUCUCAGUGGCCCUGGCAGUGGCGACGAUGACUGGGUUCGUCUUUCUAUCGGAUGCUGAUCUGUUUGAUUUGUUCAAAUCGGGAUCCAGUUAUAAUCAGAGGAGUAGAUGGAAAAGAAGUCGAUUAUAUCCGCAAUACGUCCUCCCUCCCGAUCAGGACAAACAGCAUUUUCAAAAUCAUCAAGAGGAAGACGGACAUCAACAUUCAACGGCUAGCGCCUCUCUCAAUUCUCAUCGGAGUCGCUUGUCAUCAACUGAAUUCUGGUCGAACGAAGAUUAUGCCCAGCUGAUGCCACGGCCCACUCCGUUCCCGCCCAACCAUUUCAUUAAUCAACCGUACUUCGAAUCGCAAUUGCCUGAGAAAGCAGCAUUGCAUUCGUUGCGUACUUACACUAGUGUGGCCAAGAGGCAACAACUUUACACCGAGAGGCCAACAACUUCCCACCACAAAGUAACGAGGGAGGUCCAUCACAAUAUCGAACACCCAACUAAACGCACUUCCUUCGUGACGAGCCUCGCAGCGCCCACGGUCCAGACCAAGGAGCAACAUUUCAAUGACUUGGACAUUCCACUCAAAUCGUCCGAAAGUAAAAGCAAACCGAGCUUCACCAAGAUGUUCCAGAAGGCCCUUAUUCGCCGGAACGGCGAAACCAAAAAAUCCGCCAAGCAAAAAGAAGUGAAAAAGGAAACCAAGCACGAAAUUGCACAACAACGUGACUAUCGGCACGGUGGCGGGAGUUACGGUGGCAGUUAUCACCAACCGCCUGUGUAUUACAUUCCCAACCAUCACAAGGAGAAGGACUACAGCGUGCUAUUGAAAAUCUUUUUGCUGGCCAUUUUGAUUCCGUUGGGCGUCUGCAUCGCACUGGCCGUCAUUGCCGCCUUCUUCACAGGUGUAUCGGCCUACGGCAGGUACCUGGUGACUUACGUCAACUCCACCAACACGACUUACUAUUUCUUCAACGGGUUAAACGGCUUUGGUGGGUUGACUAACUUGUUUGGGGUCAGUGGGUUGAUCGGAGCGGCCUCCGCCAGCAGCGGCUCAACAGCGGCGGUUGUGCAGCAACAACAGCAACAACAGACGAGCAGCAAUAACAACAACAACAAUAAUAACGAUAAUAAUUCCAAUAAUAAUAAUAAUGUCGCUGUUAUCGUCGUCAACAUCACAGGAAGAGCUAAUAACGAUGACAAACUCAACUUUUUGGGCAAACCGUUUAAGAUGAAAUCGGCCAAUCAAGACGAAGACAGUGCUAUGGAUUAUUUUUAAUGCUGUUGUCAACAUUGCCUCUUUUUUUUUUUGUUGUGUUUUCAAACCUCUUUAUUAAAAUACGUAUGGGACACAUUUUGAGGGGCG